CGAAAAAAUCCUCCUUCUUCCCCUUCAUGUGAGGAAGAAGAAGAGGCCACAAAAAAAAAUCAAAAACAAAAAAAAUAUAGAAUUUUGUUAAUUUCUUCUGUUUUCUUUUCGAUUUUUUGGUAUUUUUAGGUGUUUUGUUUUGGAUUUUAGGGUUUGAUAUCAUGGGGACUGAGAUCUUACGGCCUCGGGAUUGUCUGAUCGAAAGGAUCAGAGUCCCUCCGGCGUCGUUUUCGCGCCGGAAGAGCAGCUACUAUGGGAAACCCGUCGUUAACCAGAAUUACGUUUCUAACCCUAGAUCUAGGAAGCCGGCGGUGCGAUAUGAACAAAGGAGAAUCGAGGCGCAGCCGCCGCCCGCGGUGGUCGCGAAGAGAUCCAGCUCCGACGAUGAACGUCAGGGCUUCAAGAUGGAGAAAGUCACAAUCUUGAGGCGCGGAAAGUCGCUGGACUCGAAGAUGAAUGAAAAGGGCGGUUUGGCUGGUACUGGGACCGAGAGGCCGCGGCCCGGCCCGGAAACGGUACAGAAGCAGGUGCGGAUAGUGGAUCUGAGGUCUCCGGUGGGUGGUAAGACCAACGUGUACGCCGGAUCGUCGUUCGUGGUGUCGCCGGAGCCGAUCGCCCUCCCGUUGCCGUCGUUUUCGAGGAAGAAGCAGGUGUCAAAGGUCGUUGACGACGACUCGGCGACCCGAGACCUGAGGCGGUUGCUCCGGCUCGGUUGAAAAUGGAAGAUCCGGAUCCGAGGACCCGAGAAGGACCGUGAAUGGAUCCGGACCCGAUACGGUUCUGUCCUUCGUCGUCUGCUCGGUUUUUCGGGUCGAAUCUGUCCGUGAUUUUUUUAAACGGAGGUUGAUCUGGAAUUCCGGGAAAGACGGGGGCGAAUUAGUAAUUACCUACUGUUUGGGUACUUGGUAGCUAAAUCUUAUCACGUUGUUGUGGGAGAAGGGAAAUAUUUUGGUGUUUGUUGAUGAAUUUGGGGUUUAUGGGUAAAUUAAAAGUUAGGAUGGGGUGAAAAUGGGAGGUAGAAGAAGAGAAAAACGUGGGAAGUGUUGGGGUUGAUUCGUAAUAUGUGGAAAAUUAAUUAGUGAGAGUAACUAUGUGGUUUGUGGGUGGGCUGUGGAAUUGUGUUUAUGCUCUGUUGGGAAAUUGUAGUUUGUAUCCAUAAUAAUGGAUUAUUGUAAAAAGAAAGAUGAAAUUUAUAUUUUAUUUUAAACUAA